UACAAGUGCGGUGGGAUUCAUAAUAACGCUGAUCAACUAUUCCCCAAUCCUCUGUGAAUAGUACGCGUGCUCACUGUAACUCCAGCCACGGUGCUUCGCAUAUGAAAACUGAUGGUCGGUUUGAGUCGUUGUGCCCCUGUGCUGCUCAUGAGGGUGGGGAUACCUGCAGUCAGCUGAGACUGAAGAGGUCACUGAGAUGAGUGAUGACACGUUUCUCCCAAUGAAGGUUGGAUCCGGAUGAACCGAUUCCACCUUGUUUGAUUCCCCUGCCCGGGUUACUGAGCGCGCAUAGAGAACAAACUAAACUGGGGUACUUCUAAUACAACAGCGGGGUGGCUCAAGAGCGUCACUUCCACACAUCCGUUCGUCUCACAUCAGCUUGCUAAAGUUCCCCGUUUGCCUUGCGCUGUGCAGCGGUUCACUCUCCUUUAGUCCCCGGGCGACUCGUUUUCUUCUCUGCCCUCUCAGCGACCACCGCACAUCUAUCUAGCUGUCCUAGAACAAGGACACCUCCUCUGAUAGUCUCCCGGAGGUUUAGUGCCACUUUAAAGCAGUCCGGCUUUCCCCCUCGUCUUGAGUCCAGGAGUCUAUAGAGAAAGCGUAUGCGGUCCGGGCUCAUCCGUCCGGCUCUCACGGUGGCCAUGUGGAGCCCGGAGACUGCGCACUGCGCAGCCGCGAAUCCUAUGAGCGACUCCGAGCGAGCCAGUAUCCAGCCACUCAUCAAGCCAAACGGCUGUUCCCGCGGCGACCCGGAAGAGGUGUUAACCUUUACUUAUUGCCCCCCCUCCCCCCUCCCGAAGCCGCAGUUGUACCUGAUGGCUUCAGCAGACGUCGGCAUGCAGGAUGUAGAGGAGGUGGUGGUCGUGACCAUACCAGAGGCGGUGGCAGAAGAGGUUUCUUCUGUGGAAGUGGAGGAUAAGACAGUAUUGUUGGCUACAGAACUGACUACCACAAACCCUGAGGAAGGUGUUCUUGAGGUAACGCCAAUAAAAUCAGACGCUGACUGCAGCAGCACAGAUGGUCUGUCGAAGGAAGAGGCAGUCAUAGUGAAGUUAUCAAAGGAGAUGGAUGCCGAUGCUGACAUCUUCUACCCCAUCACCUGUGGAGAUGCCAAAGCCACGCUGGUGUGGAAGAAAUUUGUCUGCCCCGGUAUCAAUAUAAAAUGUGUCCAAUUCAACGAGCAGCUCAUAAGCCCGAAGGAGUUUGUCUGUCUGGCAGGAAAAUCCACUUUGAAGGACUGGAAGAGAGCCAUCCGGCUCAAGGGUGCUAUGCUCAGGAAGAUCAUGGACUCGGGCGAGCUGGACUUCUAUCAGCACGGCAAGGUUUGCUCCAACACCUGCCGCAGCACCAAGAUAGACCUGGUCGGAAGCAAAGUCUCUGUCAGCAGCCAGCCGGCCAGUGAGCUCGUCCCCGCCGCCCCAGCAUCCGCAGCCUUAAACGGCUCACCGGCUACGUUCCUUGAAGUAACAGAGGAGAGCACAGAAUGGGUCACGGCCAUUGGAGAGGAUUCAAUUACAUUCUGGCGUGGUGUGAAGGAGGCGGGCCUGCUGGAGGAGGUGGUGGAGGAGUUUCAGAAGGAGCUACAGGAGGUGCUGAAGGGCCUGCAGGACAGAGUGACUGAGCCUCAGCUGAUGGUCAAAGACGCUGCGCUCCUCAAUAACAUCGUGCACAACUUUGGCAUGCUGGACUUGGUUAAAAAGGUGCUGGCCAGUCACAAGAGUCAGAUGGAUCGCUACAGAGAACAGUACACACGUAGCCUUGCCGCUCUGGAGCAGCAGUGCGAUGAGCACCGGAGGCGUGCCAAAGAGCUGAAAAGCAAAUCGCAGCACCUCAACAAUGUCCUGAUGACACUCACCCCUGUGCCUGCCCUGCCGCCCCCCAAGCGCCCCCGUCUGACCCGCGCCAUCUCCGGUCCUGCCACCAUCAGCACCACCCCAACCCAGAUCACACUGCCUUUAAACCAGCUGACAGGACUGCCAAUUGGCAAGGUUCUUACUAUGGCAGGUGCCCCGGCUGGUGCCAGUCUCGGCGGGUACACCCUCUUGACCUCUCAGGUUGGCACGUCUGAACUCGCAGCUGACCCCUCCAGUCUGAGCAUGCUCUCCACGGCUGUUGGCGUCCAGGAAGGCACGACCGGCGCCGGCACCCCGGGCACCACUACCUUCGUUAAGGUGGUCGGCCCACAGUACCAGCUGGUCACGCUGCCCGCCGCGCUGCAGGGGAGCACGCAGGGUGGCGGUGUCCCUUUCCAAGUCAGUAAUAUUGGCGUGCUGAAUACUGCGACGGUCACUGCUGGACGCACACAAGCAGAAUCACAAGCUGAGGCUGAAAUAGAUUCCCAGAUUUACAGCCAGCCGGUUAAUGUGGCCCCAGAGAGUGAAGAGGAGGAGGUGAAAGAGAAAGAGCAGCCAGAUGAGGAGCAAUGACAGAACCUGAAACAUCAUCUCUCCAGUUUUCAACACACCGCUGGACUCACGGCCCUGUAGACACCCCAUCAUUCAUGGUGACGGAAAGAAAGUAUGUUUUCAUGUGCUGGCUGAGUGGUCUCGCAGCCUUUCGUGUUUUGAACUUUUGACAGACCGGCCGGUCGUUUUAGAUGGAAAGGAACAGGGUUGAAUGUUGUAAAUGUUGUCCCCAAGCCAUAACGAAAACCUGUAUAUCAGCUUCGACACUGAGCCAACUAACAAGUCACCUGCUAUAUGCUUGUUUCAUGUUGCCCAUUUUAAAGGGAUAGUUGAUCACUCUUGAUUCUUUUAGAGACGGAAACGGAGGGUCCGCUGUGGCGCCCCCUAACGGCAGCAGCUGAGAGUUGUAGUAAUAGUAGUCGUUCUUGAAGUCUGUCCCAGUUUUGUUGUCCAUCGGCGGGUUUCGUUUUCACACAGCGCCCGCCCAGCCAGCUGCGUCGGAGAACAAAUCAACAGACGCAGUCGGAGAAUUUCUCAUGCAGUCCGAAGCAGCGCGCCACAACUCACCCACAGCUGGCGUCCCGCUGCGGCUGUCCGUCAUGGGGAAUUUCACGAGUCAUUUCAAAAUGUAAAAUUUGCUCUCUGGCUAAACCCCCCCCCCUUACUCGGCGCUCGCGCUUGGGUGGAGGUUCUCUGUCGCGCGCGGCGGAGCGACCACGUUUGCACCCCCUUGCAGCUGCGCACCAGCCGGACCCUCCUUCACGCGAGCGGCCCAGCAAGUGCCGUCACGUCGCCGCCGCGCGCAACCCAGAGCUGCGGCAAGCACGAAGGGGGUCAACCAUAAGACCACUUAAGCAACGAUCUGAAAUAACCACCGGAAGGGAGCUAGAUGGAAAGGAGAAGCAGCCGCCCACUGCUCCCGCACAACAGGACGGGUUCACUCGGAGGAACACGAUGACCAAAAAUGAAGCGGCUUUGGAGCUCGCCGUGAUCGGCUGCCGCAGCGUCCCGUCAGUUUUAGGGGCAACCGGGAAUCGAACUCACCCAGCUGCCUGCCCGGAGCUUGCGUCGCUUUGUCCCGGGAGGCUGGCUAGCAGGAGCCGCGUGUCCCGUGUCGAGUACAAGAUGGACGAAUGGGGGAAAUAAAAUCCACUGAUCGA